CGUGCGCGCGCGCGCGCGCGCCCAUGACGUGAGCAAGCGAGAUCGAGCGAUGCAAGAUCAAGUGAUUCGUGUUACCGCCACCGCCAUUGCGACGGUGAAGAUGUGCUGGUGAAGUUUGCCGUGGAAGAACGAGUUACAAGAGCCGUCAGCCAGACAAGCGGGCGGGCGGGCAGAGCGCGGCGUUCUUGAGGAAAUCGGCCAUUUUGCUUAGUGCACGCUUAGAUCUCGUUACGUACGGUUUCGAGUUCGCCUCAAACAGUCACCCUUGUCGGACGGUCGUUGACAGAACGGCGGGCGGUGGCAGAACAGUAGCUCUCUACUCUUUCUAGGUGGUGCGCUGCAAGCACAUCGGGAUCACAGCUGUGGAGGAAAAAGAGAGAGAGAAGUAGUGUGUGUGUGUGUGUGUGUGUGGGUGCGUGCGUGCGUGCGUCGUGCGGCGUGUAAUACGAACAGUGUAACGCGAAUUACGCGACUCCGACUACAGGAUGGCGGGCAACACGGGUAUGGAACAGUUGAUCCCGAUCGUGAAUAAACUGCAGGAUGCGUUCACACAGCUCGGUGUGCAUAUGCAACUCGAUCUACCGCAGAUCGCGGUGGUGGGCGGCCAGAGCGCGGGCAAGAGCUCCGUGCUUGAGAACUUCGUCGGCAAAGAUUUCUUGCCAAGAGGUUCAGGCAUUGUGACAAGAAGACCUCUCAUCUUACAAUUGAUUAACUGCUUAACUGAAUAUGCAGAGUUUUUGCAUUGUAAAGGUAAGAAAUUCGUAGAUUUUGACGAGGUACGGAAAGAAAUUGAAGCAGAAACAGACAGAGUGACUGGAAGUAAUAAGGGCAUUUCUAAUAUACCAAUUAAUCUCAGAGUAUAUUCACCUAAUGUCCUAAAUUUGACAUUAAUUGAUUUACCUGGACUUACGAAAGUACCAAUCGGAGAUCAGCCAGCAGAUAUAGAAGCCCAAAUUAAAGCCAUGAUCUUUCAAUUUAUCAAACGUGAAAAUUGUCUCAUAUUGGCAGUCACACCAGCCAAUACUGAUUUAGCUAAUAGCGAUGCUCUUAAACUUGCUAAAGAAGUUGAUGCACAAGGUGUACGUACAAUUGGUGUUAUUACUAAAUUGGAUCUCAUGGACGAUGGCACCGAUGCAAGAGAUAUCUUGGAAAAUAAAUUAUUACCGUUGAGAAGAGGUUAUAUUGGUGUUGUCAACAGAAGUCAAAAGGAUAUAGAAGGUCGAAAGGAUAUCAAAAAUGCUUUAGCCGCUGAGCGAAAGUUUUUUCUGAGCCAUCCGUCUUAUCGUCAUCUAGCAGACAGGUUGGGUACACCAUAUUUGCAGAGAGUUCUCAAUCAACAAUUAACAAACCAUAUCAGGGAUACCUUGCCAGCUCUAAGAGAUAGAUUACAAAAGCAACAAUUAACUUUAGAGAAGGAUGUCGAACAGUAUAAACAUUUCAGACCUGAUGAUCCUGCAAUCAAAACAAAGGCUAUGUUACAGAUGAUACAGCAGCUUCAGUCAGAUUUCGAGAGAACUAUAGAAGGUUCAGGUUCAGCACAAAUUAAUACUAUGGAACUCAGUGGUGGUGCGAAAAUCAACAGACUUUUCCACGAGCGUUUCCCGUUUGAAAUUGUUAAAAUGGAAUUUGAUGAAAAAGAAUUAAGAAAAGAAAUUGCUUUCGCCAUCAGAAAUAUACACGGUAUCAGGGUGGGAUUGUUUACACCAGACAUGGCUUUUGAGGCAAUAGUCAAAAAACAAAUAAACAGACUUAAAGAACCAAGUCUCAAGUGUGUAGACUUAGUCGUGCAAGAACUUAGUAAUGUUGUACGCAUUUGUACAGAUAGGAUGUCGCGUUAUCCCAGACUAAGAGAAGAAACGGAACGUAUCAUAACGACAUACAUCAGGCAGCGUGAACAAAUGUGUAAAGAGCAGCUGAUCUUGUUGGUGGAUUGUGAACUUGCAUACAUGAAUACGAAUCAUGAAGAUUUCAUCGGUUUUGCGAAUGCGCAGCAAUCCUCGGAAAAUGCUGUUAAGUCUGGACGGCAUACAUUAGGCAAUCAAGUAAUUCGUAAAGGUUACAUGUGCAUACAUAAUCUCGGUAUUAUGAAGGGUGGCUCGAGAGAUUACUGGUUUGUUUUAACAUCAGAAAGUAUCUCCUGGUUUAAGGAUGAAGAAGAACGUGAAAAGAAGUAUAUGUUACCUUUGGAUGGGCUGAAAUUGCGUGAUUUAGAACAAGGUUUCAUGUCGCGUCGUCAUCUAUUUGCGUUAUUCAAUCCAGAAGGACGAAAUGUUUAUAAGGAUUAUAAACAACUGGAGUUGAGUUGUGAAACACAAGAUGAUGUUGACUCUUGGAAGGCAUCAUUCCUCAGAGCUGGUGUAUAUCCCGAAAAAUCAACAGAGCAAGCAAAUGGUGAAGAAGAAGGAUAUGAGGGUGGGUCAGAGGGUCAAUCAUCAAUGGAUCCUCAAUUGGAGCGUCAAGUGGAAACUAUCAGAAAUUUAGUAGAUUCUUAUAUGAAGAUUGUCACGAAAACUACUCGUGACCUGGUUCCAAAGACAAUUAUGCAUCUUAUUAUCAAUAACGCUAAGGACUUCAUCAAUGGGGAACUGUUGGCACAUCUUUAUGCAAGUGGCGAUCAGGCUUCAAUGAUGGAAGAAUCUCCUGAAGAAGCACAGAAACGAGAGGAGAUGUUACGCAUGUAUCACGCGUGCAAAGAGGCUCUUCGUAUCAUUGGAGAUGUUUCUAUGGCCACAGUUUCAACUCCAGUACCACCACCCGUAAAAAACGAUUGGCUGAUAUCCGGCGACAAUCCAAGUCUUGGAUUAUCACCACCAUCUCCUGGUGGUCCAAGACGCGGAGUGACACAGCCACCACCUAUUUCUAGCUCUCGAGCACCACCACCAGUACCUGGAAGCGGCCGGCCAGCACCAGCCAUUCCUAAUAGACCUGGUCCAGGUGGACCACCACCAACACGAGCUAACCCUGGCCUACCUCCACCUAUGAUACCAUCUCGAGGGGGUGGUCUACAGCAGAGGAUAACGCAAGCUGCGACACAAGCUGCGACGCAGGCUGCUGUGAACGAGCUGAUGGAUGCGUUCAAGAUCAAGCGUCCCGUACCUAAUAUUCCCCCCCGAAUUCCUGACAGACCAUAUUCUGGCCGACUAAAUUGAGCUAGUCCGACACAGCAAUGGUAUAUGAGACAGCAGCCUGUGCUACACAUGUGAUGCAACAAUCCGAGACAGCAUCAGGAAAGGUCUCGUGGAUGACGAAACGACGGAGAAUAAGAUGUGUCGUAAGGCAAGGUUAACGAAAGAAAUCCUUAAUUACUCGAUGAGAACACAAAGAUCUCUUAAAGUGAUCAUCCUAUAUUACUUUCUGAUCUCAACGGCCUCGAUGUCGAAGAUUGUCGAAGAUUUGCCGAAAGAGACAGGAAUCACGUGGAGUAAUUAUAAUUGCAAAAAGGAACUAUUUGUGCAGAGAGAAGGAGUAAGGCUGUGUUAAGCGAAUACUGGAGGAGAAAGAGGAACCAAGAAACGAAAGGCAGACGUAAAAAGAUUUCUUGUCUGUUUCUUGUGAUCGAAAUAGCCAGAAAGACUCCAUCAGUCACUUCUUUAACCGCUUCUUUCUCUGGUGUAUACUUCGUUUUCUAUCUUUAUUUAUGUAUAGCUAGAUCUGCAUUAUAUUACGGUGUAGUUUUAAGUAUUAAUACUGCGCUCGACAUGCGCCAGAUGUGUUUUUAAAAGGAUCAUUUCGUGUGAAACGACAAAUAGAGAUCUUACAACAAGAAGGGCAAUUCAGAUGCAUUUCUCGUUUCUAUUCAGUUUAAAA